AUGCUGAAUGAAAAAGUGAAUCUGCAAAAUGAGUUGACUAACUCUGAAGAGCGUAUAGAAGCCAUGACAUCUCAUCUGAAAAAUGUCACACAAGAGUUGGGCUUUGCUCAGUCUCUUUAUAAUGCCAGAGAGAAGGAAAUUGAAACUGAAAGACACUUGAAAGCCCUUGCAGAGAGAGAAGUUGGCCGCCUCAAAAGUGAGAUUAAACGACUGGAAGAUGAGAUGGUUUCCCUAAGAGAAAAGCGAAAGAGUCAAGAAAACACUAUAAACAAAACCACUAAGAAGUUAGAAAGCUUAAAACAACAGAUGAACUGUGAUGAGGAACUUCUGGAAAGCUGGAUUAAGGAAGCAAACAGUAAAGAUAAUGAUGCUAUCACACUCCAGAAGUAUGCACAACAAGAUGAAGGGAAACUAGGAGCACUAGUCCUUCAAAUAGAAAAGUUGACCAUGCAAUUAAAUCAGAAGCAUAGAGCUCUUGAUAAGGAGUUUACAGAAACCAUCACAGCUCAGCUGGAGCUUGACAAGACAGCUGAAGAUUUUCGCAGAGUUCAUCAGGAAAGGCAAGAAGUCCUCAGGCAGUUGGAGAAUGCUGUACAAGUGAUGCAGAAGAGAGAUGAACAGAUUGAUCAUUGUGCUUUGCAAAUAGCAGAGAUAAAACAGGAUAUUAAAAAGAAGGAAGCUGUGCUGAAAGAGAAGACUUCCUUUUUGGUAAAUGAAACUCUUAAUAAUAUGGAAUAUGAAAAGAAAAUUUCUUCUGCCGAACGGGAAGCUACCAGCCUCCGAAAUGAGUAUCAAAGUCAGGACGCUUGCAGGAAUCAGCUGCAGGAUGAGCUGGAUGAUUGGAAAUCAGCUGUGGACAGAACUGCUUCUGAUGUAGAGUCUGUGAGAGCAGAAAUAACCCAUCUGAAGAAGGAAAUUCAGAAAAAACAAGGCAGAUUAAGCUUUCUUAAGGAAAAAAAUACAAGUCUUGCCAAGGAACUGAAGAUGGUGAUUGAGGAGAACCUUAGUUUACUAGACAAAAGUUUGAGGAUGGAUGAAAUACUAAAGGAAGAAGAAAAAUCUGUCAAGGAAAAAGAAACAGAAAUGAACCAGUUAAGAGAACUACAUUUCAAGAAGAUUCAAGAGUUGAAGGUGCAGAAGGAUAAGGAGAAGUGUAUUGUGGCAGAAAUUGAGGGAAGUGUAACAGCCCUUAAAAAUCUGAAGAGUCAGCUGCAGAGACAUGAAGCAGAGAUAUUAAAACAAGAAGCAUUACUGUAUAACCAGGAUUUUGAGAUUGAGCAAGUACAGAGACGGCUGUCACGGUUAGAAGGGCAGGUUGAUGCAACUGAAAAACAAGUUUUGGAAGCAAAAGUUGCUGAACUUAAGAAAACUUUAGAAGAAAAUAAAAAUACAUAUGAUGUCUUACAAGCACAGCACGAGAAACUGCAGAAGGAUUUCCAUCUCAGCAAGACAGCAAUGGAUAAAAUGAGAGAAGAAAAAAGUGAUCUGAUGACCAAGAUAAAUGAGCUGAAUUUCUUCAAUGAGAGAUUAGACCAGGAAUUAAAAAAAGCAAAAGCCACUAAGCAGGACAUGAUGGUCGAAGAGAAUCUCUUAAAACUUGACUUGAACCAUCUUCGAGAUACUCUGUUUAAUAAGGAAGAGAAAGUUCUAACAUUGGAGAAAGAAAAACUGGAGUUAAAGAAAGCCAUAGCAGAAAGAACUGAGGAAAUUAAGAUUCAUAAGGCAAUGCUGGAUUCCCAGAUAAGACUUGUGGAUCGGGAACGGCAACACAUAAGUGCUGAACUUCAAGAUCGCCAAAACAAAAUUGAUAAACUGAAAUGCAGAUAUGAAAUUCUUACUGCUGCUAUGAUGCCACCUGAAGGAGAAGAGGAGAAAACUCUCUCCUACUAUGUAAUUAAGACUGUACAGGAAAAGGAAACACUUCAACGUGAAGGUGAUGAAUUAGAUGCAAAGAUCUGCAAAGCUGAAAAAGAAAUUGUAGCUCUGGAAAACACUUUGUGCGUACUUCACGCCAGCAACAGCAGUUACCGAAAAUCUUUCAAGGAAGUCACUGAGACAAGUGAGGAGUAUGAGGAAAUAUUGAAAUUAGAAGAGGAGAAAAGGGCUGCUGCUGAAGAAUACCGUUCCGAACAGAGACGUAUCACGGAACUUCGGGAAAAGAUCCAGAGCAUGGAAAAAAAGCUUGAUGAAGUACUGGAGCAGAAGGCCUUUCUCCAAGAGCAAAAGAAUAAAAACCAAGCUCUUAUUUUGCGGAUGAAAAAAGACAUCGAAGAACAGAAGCUGAAACUUAAAAGGGUUCUAAACCAGUGUUCCAGGCUAUGCAAGGAUAUUCGGUCUCUGAAGAAUACUGAAACAGAAACACAGGAAGAAAGGGACAUUGAUCUUCGUGACCUGAAAAGCUUCAGCAGCUUCAUUGACAAACUGUUAAGAGAAGUUCUAGAAGCAAAUAGUGAUUUAACUCCUGCCUUUCAAAUGUAUUUUCAGCAGUCCAAUAUGGAGCUUCCUUCAAUUGCUUCUGCUGGUGGUAGUCAAAGUUCUCGAUCACCAUCCACACCAAGCUCUGUAACUUCCAUCAGAUCCUCCAGAAGCACAAGUUCAGCCCCUAGUCAGACUUUAUCACUCAAAACUGUAGACCUGAGCUUCCCUGUCAACACUCUGGAAGAAGGGGCUGCCGGUGGUUCUCAGCCAUCCAGCCCAGCUGGUGUUUGGAAAAGGCAAAAAGAGGCUUCAGGAAGCUUUUGAGAACCACAAUGAAAGCUUCUCAGUUGAUUAAUCAGUAAUUGAACUUAUUUAUCGAGGCAUACUGGCCAUCUUAGCAUUAAUUUCUAUCAGAAGGGUAUGGUUUAACUUUCUUCUACAGUAUGCAAUACAUUAUCUAGGAGAUACAUUAAACAGG